AUGCCGACGAGCGGACAGACCAGUAUUGCUCGAUGCCCAAAACAGACACAUUUAAAGGGACGUCGCGAUCGGGAACGUGAUCACGAUUGGAGCGAAGACAUUAUUGUUAGAGCUCGGAAAAGUGAAGACUACAGAACAGCAGAUUCCUUAUACAAGGAGGCAAUAGCUCAACUAGAGGCUGCAUGUGUAAACGUGGGUCCAGUAGAGAAGAAGAAGCUACGUCACGUGAUCACGCUGCUAAGGAAGGAGAGGAAAGCAAAGGCUCACGAAGCUGAAAGCAUCAAGGAAAUGUAUAUGCUCAUGCAAUCGUUGGAGAGUCCUAUUGAUGCUCCUCCAGCAGAUCCAGACAUUUUUCCAGCGUUGCCUCCAAAAAGAAUGUCUAGUCAGAACUUUCGCACAAAGAGUGGCGUUAAGAAGGGGCAUAUUAACAACGAUAAUGGUGAAAAUGUGGUUAAGAAACCCGUAACAAAAUCAAACAGUCAAAGCACAUUAUCGAAUAAGAAGACUAAGCAAAGUGCAUCAACCUUAAACAUUGAAAACGAAGAAGCAUCUAGUGACCCAAAAAUGGAGAAGCAGACCGAUGAGUUCAUUCCGCGAGGUUAUUGUCCGGAGUUGGUCGAAGCUAUGGAACAAACCAUGACUCGAAAUGGAACAGAAGUUACAUGGGCAGACAUUGCAGGUUUAGAAGGUCCGAAGGAGCUAUUUAAGCAAACAAUUGUUCUGCCUGCACUUAUGCCUGAUUUCUUCAAGGGAAUUCGUCGUCCAUGGAGGGGAGUGUGCAUGGUUGGACCACCAGGUACGGGUAAAACGCUGCUAGCAAAAGCUGUGGCAACCGAAUGUCAGACGACAUUUUUUGCCGUCAACUGUGGAGAUCUCGCCAGUAAAUGGCGAGGCGACUCAGAGAAGAUGAUAAAGCUUCUGUUUGAAAUGGCUCGACAUUUUGCGCCAUCUACAAUAUUUAUUGAUGAGAUUGACACAAUUGGUAGUCAACGUGGACAUGCAAGUGAGCAUGAAGCUAGUCGACGCGUAAAGGCUCAGCUUCUUGUUGAAAUGGAUGGGUUUUGCAAGGAAGACGAUGGAAAACGUGUUCUUGUUCUUGCCGCGACGAACUUCCCUUGGUUAUUAGAUGAAGCUCUUCGGCGUAGAUUUGAACAACGGAUCUACAUCCCUUUGCCUGAUAAAGCAGCCCGCUUGUCACUUCUACGCUCGUCGUUGAAAGAGGUCCGCUUAGCAGACGACGUUGAUCUUGAAACCUUUGCGGACCAACUGGAAGGAUUUUCAGGCGCUGACAUUACAAAUGUUUGCAGGAAAGCUGCAUUGAUGGGUGUUAGGAGAUUGACACGCACGUUAACUCCUGCAGAGAUAGCAAAAUUAACCCCAGAAGAUGUUGAUCUACCUGUUACAUGGCAGGAUCUCCAAGAAGCACAUGGUGACACUAAUCCAUCUGUUUCACAGGUUCGUUUAUAG